ACUUUGAAAUUCAACGAGUAAGCAACGAACGGUACAAUUUACCUGUCUAAACCUCACUCUCCCCUCCUCUCUCUCGCUAGUCGCUUCCUGCGAAACGGAGAAAAACCCUAACACCAAAAAUCUCACAACAAUCCAAACAAUAUCUUCAAUUUCACUAAAACCUAAAUCUCCUCUUCUGUAUUGCCUCAAAUGUCAUCGGCUGCGGCCGUCGAUAUCAGGUCACCGGUCACCUCCAAACACCCUUCCUCUCUCCAAAACUCUAACCCCACUCCAAUUCAGAAUAACCACCGCCAAACUGUAAAUGCUACGUUUUAUGGUAAAUCCAGCGAAAUCGAUAUGAAUAAAAACGGGUCACAUACCGGGACGGGACGGGCGAGGCCGAGGCUGAUGAAGGUGAGGAAGCAGUUACAUGGGAGGAACAAAGGAGAGGGUCGGGGUGAGUCCGGUUCCGGGUCGGAUUUUAACCCGUUUAAGUCAGUAGGUGAUGAUUUAGAUGGGAAUAGUUGUGUGUCCAAUGUGGGUUUUGUGUUUGGCGCAAAUGGGGGUGUAAAAGGUGGGGAUUUUGAUCUGGGUUUGAAUUCUAGAGUGGAAUUAGAUUCUAAAGAAACAGGAUUUGGUGGAAAUGUGGGGCGGUGGAGAGAAAAGGAGCCAGCUUUGGGUUUGAAAGCGGAGCCUACGGAGCUUGGUAAUAUGGGUUUUGUGUUUGAUGCUAAUGGGAACGGUGUUGGGGUGAAAUCUGAUGUGGAGAAUAGAGAAUUGAAUGAGUGUGUUGUGAAUGCAGGCGGAGUAGAGAGUGAAAAGGUCAGUAAUGCGGGUGACGGUGAGUUUUGCGAUGACAAAAGUGAAUUAAGAUCAAGUUUGAAUUCCAAUAAGGGAGAUUCUAGUGGGAAUGGGGUGAAGUUGGGUUCUGAUGAUGUUGGUUUUGUGUUUGGUGCUGCUCGUGAGGCUUUCAGUUCAAAUGUGGGGGCUUCUGCUUCUAGUUUUGUAUUUCGUGCUAAUGCUGAUGAUUCCAUUGCAAAUGUAGACGUUUCUGGUUCUAGUUUUGUAUUCAGUGCUGAUACUAAUGAUUCUAGUGCAAAUGUGGGGGUUUCUGGUUCAGGGUUUGUGUUUGGUGCAAGUUGGUUUGAUAAGAAGUUAAAUUCCAACGAGGGAAAACGAGAAUCUGGUGAAAGUUCUGGAAAUUCAGUCUUUUCUGAUACAGGGAAGAUUAAAUUCAAGAAUGAGGCCGAGCUUCAUGAAGUGGAAGGUAAUAGUAAUGGCGUUUCUGUGUUUGGUAGUAGCAGCAAGAAAAGUUGCAAUCUUAAUGAAUGUGCGGUUACGAACUUCCCUGUUGAGGUCAAGUCAAGUGGCGGAACUUUUUUAAACUACAACAUUUCAAAGGAUCAAAAUGGUAAUCUGGAUUCUAGUGUCAAUGGUAAGGGUCAGUUUGCACCAUUUCCAAAUAGUAGUAAUGCAGCUAGGACAUCUAGCAUUAACCCAAUAUUUAAUCUUCCAGAAGAGAUUAAGAAACUAAAUAUUAAUGAGUUCAAGAAUGUUCAUGGAGCCGACAAUGAGAAUUCAUCUGCAAAGGAUGAUUCUUUAUUUGUUAUCAGAAGCAGUAAAAAGGCUUCUGCCUCUUCUAAUGGAAAUUCAGAUACUUGUUCUCGUGAACAGAAUGCUGCUGUGGGUUCGGGUGGUGAUAAAUUUGAAUCCAGUGACAAGAAUAGUAGUUGCAAUACCGGUAGUACUUCUAUCAGAACUUCGAGUUCAGAAUUAUUUAGGUUUCAGGCAGGAUGUGUGAAGACUUAUCUUGAGGGCCAAUUACCUGAAGAUCGAAUGAAUGAUGAUACAAAACUCAAUGGAGCUGCUCCUCUAACUUCAUUCUCAUUGGCUGGUUUUGAUUCCCAAGUACAUAGUGAAGUUUCUGAAGCAACAACUAUGGCUGGAGUUGAAAGGGAAAAUAACAAAAGUAGUUCUACAAGUGAUCUGGGUGGAUUAGGGAUGUCCUUUACAGACUUCAAAACACCAUGUGAUCCUUUUUGUUUAAAAACAAGUGUAUUUCCAGAAUCAAAUAAGAAACCAGAAUUUACUGUAAAUAACCGAUCAAAGAAGGGAAAAAGAUUAGAAAUGAGGGUAAAGUUGAAGCAAGAUUCUUUACGUAAGCAACUCCCAGAGCAAGUUCAUGUGCAAAAUGAAAGGUGCGGCCAAGAAAAUCUAAGUUCUUCCGGAUGCUACUCACCCAUGGAUUUUUCUCCUUAUCAGGAAAUUGCAGCUGCUGGGAAAUUUUCUGAAGAAACUUCUGUGACAUUAAAUGAUUCCAACCCCCAAGAAAAUGAUUGUGCACCCGCAAUGUUCCUUUCAACAGCGACAACUGGUCUCAGAGAGGUUGAAGCAUUAGAUGUUAAGAAAGAUGAUGGGAGGCCAAGAGAGAAGAUGAAUCAGGAGAGUUUUGGUUGUGGUUCUGAAAGAUGUUUCAUGGGUGAUUGUAUCUCUAAAGGGUUUGUUUUUGGUGCUGAAAUGUCCUGCCCUGGUUUCAACUAUGAGCAGGUGAGUAGCAGCAAUGAUGGUGCAGCUUCCGCUGAAGUUACGCAUGGUUUAAAGACAGAAAGCAGCCAUCAAAUGCAAUUUUCCUUUGCUUCAGGUUUGGAAGAUGUAGAUGCGAGAAAAUUUUCCUUCUCUGCUUCAUCCUGCUCAUCAACACCAAAACGGCUGUAUAGAAAGAAAUAUAGGAGGAAACCUCCAUGCGAACCAUUUAUUUUUGUCCCAAACCCAAAUGGUCAAGGAGAAGAUUUAUCUACUCGACAGAAAAAGGUGGGGAAUAAAUCUGAAAUAAAUGAAUUGGCGAAGCAAGGUUCAAUCUCAUCCACUGGCUCUGUUCAGGAAGAAUGUGAGAUGUGGCGAGCAAGGGGAAAUCAUGCUUAUCAAAAUGGGGAUAUGUCGAAGGCAGAGGAUUUUUAUACAUGUGGGAUAAAUUCCAUUCCUUCUAGUGAUAUUUCAGGAUGCUGUCUUAAGCCUCUUGCUAUUUGCUAUAGCAACCGUGCUGCAACGCGGAUGUCUCUUGGAAACAUGAGGGAGGCGAUAAGAGAUUGCAUAAAGGCUGCUGACCUAGACCCCAACUUUUUCAAAGUUAAAAUAAGAGCUGCUAAUUGUCAUCUUCAGCUGGGACAAGUUGAGGAUGCACUUCACUAUUUUAAUAAGUGCUUGGAAUCUAGAGCUGGUGUGUGUUUGGAUCGAAGAAUCACAAUAGAAGCUGCUGAUGGCGUACAGAAAGCUCAGAAAGUGGUAGAGUGCAUAAACCAUUCUGCAAAACAUUUGGAAGAGAGAACAUAUGAUGCAGCACUUAAUGCUCUAGAUGUGAUUGCCGAGGCCUUAUCUAUUAGCCCCUACUCAGAAAGACUACUGGAAAUGAAAGCGAAGUUUCUGUUUAUGUUGCGCAAGUAUAAAGAGGUAAUUCAGAUGUGUGAGCAGACUCUUAGUGCUGCUGAAAAGAAUUUUGUUUCAAUAGGUGUGGAUGGGCAGUUUGUAGAUAUUGGCUGUUCUGAAAGUGAAAAUUGCUCAUUCGCAAGGGUGUGGAGAUGGCACUUAAUUUCAAAGUCCUACUUUUAUUUGGGAAAGCUUGAGGUGGCUCUUGAUUUACUUCAGAAAUUAGAGCAAAUGGGAUCCAUCAGUUGCAAGAAAGCAGAUGCAAGGAAGAUAUUGGAAUCAUCUGUUACAUUAGCUGUCACCAUACGUGAUCUUUUACAUCAUAAGAGUGCAGGAAAUGAAGCAGUUCGAUCAGCACGGUACACCGAAGCAGUAGAACAUUAUACUGGUGCUUUGUUAAACAGUAUUGAAUCCCGCCCUUUUGCAGCAAUUUGUUUUGGAAACCGUGCUGCUGCACACCAAGCACUGGGGCAGAUUGCUGAUGCCAUUUCUGAUUGCAGCCUAGCUGUGGCACUUGAUGGAAAUUACUCAAAGGCAGUUGCCAGAAGAGCUGCUUUGCAUGAGAGGAUUAGAGACUAUGGACAGGCAGCUAGUGACCUUUAUAGGCUUAUUUCUAUUCUUGAAAAUCAAUCCGAUGGAAAAGUCAGACAGUCCAGCAAACCUGCUAGAUCCACCAGUUGGACAAAAGAAUUAAGGCAAGCUCGUCAGCGUUUGUCCUUAAUGGAAGAAGAGGCUAAGAAAGGAAUCCGUUUGGAUUUUUAUUGUAUUUUGGGAGUCAAGGAUUCCGAGACAGCAUCUGAUAUAAAAAAGGCAUACCAUAAAGCAGCACUUAAACAUCACCCGGACAAGGCUGGUCAGUUCCUGGCAAGAAGUGAAAGUGGAGAUGAUGGGCAGCUCUGGAAAGAAAUUGUCCAGGAGGUUCACGCAGAUGCUGACAGGCUAUUUAAGAUGAUUGGAGAAGCAUACGCAGUACUCUCUGACCCCACUAAGCGUUCGGAAUAUGAUCUUGACGAGCAAAUUAGAAGAGCAUCAAAGGAGAGCAAUGGAAGCAGUCCUCAUGGAAGAACAUCAUACACACGUGGCAAUUCAAAUGAGAAAAAUGAGUACCGGCGAAAUUGGCAGGAUAAUUGGAAGACUUAUGGUUAUUGGAAGACUGAUGGUUAUUCACGUUCACGCUGGUAGGAGAAAUAUCCUAUGUCCCAGGAUUUAUAUGCAAAUUGCUUUUUUCAGAUCAAGGUCAGGUCAGCUUUUACGGAACAAAGUUCAAGAUGGAUCUUCAGGACAGAGUAACCAUUGAUCUGGUCUAGCAACCAACAGCCUGAUAAUGGAUCCAGACUGAUUGGCAUUGGUCUAAAAAUGGAUGUCUUCGUAGAGUAGGCAGAUUUCAAUCUAAGAAAUGUCCAGUUCUUACGGAGGGUUAAAGGGAACAUUCGGUUGGAGAAGGAUACUGGACCAUGAAGGGCAUUGUUUGCAAUCAUACUUUAUACCUGGCUCUGCCAUCGUGUCUUGAGCCAAGAGGAACUUUGGACAAAGAAAGAGUAGGGGUUUGUUUUUUUUUUUUCAACCCCCAUAGAGAAAACAGAGAAGAUUUA